AUGGCGGUGGAAACACAUCAGCGCCAGCUGUCGGACGAGAUCGGAAAUGUCAUCGAUACGCUGCACGGCCUGUUUGACGAGAUAGGACUCGCGCGCUAUGAGCGCGAGCAAAGAGAGAACUCCGUCUAUGCCGCCAUCAGCGCUGCGCUGGACGAGCAGUUGAGGGUUGUUUCGCAGGAGAAGGAGAAAACGCUGCAGGAGUGUCAGCAAAUCCUGGCGCAGACUAGACAGAUGGAGCGGAGUUUGGCCGAUGAGGAUGAGUACGAUGAGGACGACGACGAGGACAAUCAGAUCACCCUCCCCCUGCUCAAAUGUCUGCAGGGACUGAAGGAGCGGCACAAGGCGGUCAAGAGGAGACAUGCCGACAGAUAUGAUUCGGUUAAGAAGCUCGUACAUGCGCUUGACACAUACGCUUCCCGGCUGGAAUCCUCCGUAGUUCAGAUCGAGCUUCCUCCAAUCACCAACGACUCGGCGUCAAUCGCCGAUUUCGAUCUAUCGCACACCUAUUACGAGCGCCUGGAGCACGAGUUCAAUCGCGUUUACGAAGAGUUUACGCGCCGCGUGUCGACCGUCGAGUCAUUCGCUAAGGACAUCAUCAACCUCUAUGCCGAGCUGGGAAUCCCCUCCGCACAGACCGAUAGAACGAUCGUCGAGUACGGGACCGCUGCGCCGGAGAGGCUGGGUCUGACGAGGGACGACAUCGAGAGACUGAAGUCGAAGAAGGAGAAGCUUGUCGGUGAGAGGGAGCGCAGGCGCGCGAGGACGGAUGACCUGAAGAGGGAGAUUAAUGAGCUCUGGGGGAAGCUGGGUGUGCCCGAGAACGACAUGAAGUUGUACCUCGCGCAGCACCGGGGACUCGAUCCGAGAACGAUACAAGAGUUGGAGGAUGAACACCACCGAUUACUCGAACUGAAGAAGGCACAUAUGCACGUUUUCGUCGAAGACGCACGGCACACGCUACACGAACUCUGGGAGAAACUCUACUUUUCCGAAGACGAAAUGCUCAACUUCUCGCCGGCACAGACCGAUGUCUACACCGAUGCGCUGCUCCAGGCCCACGAGAUGGAGAUCCGUCGCCUCGAAUUGCUCUACGAGGAUCGCAAACCGAUGCUCUCCCUGGUCAAUAAGUACCGCGAGCUCAUGGACGAGAAGGAGCAGCUUGCUCUGUUAGCUCAGGACUCGUCGCGACUCAUGUCCCGUGGCCCCCGCGAUCCGACCCGUUUGCUGCGCGAGGAGAAGAUGCGGAAACGUAUCGCCAAGGAGCUUCCGAGGAUCGAGAUGGAGCUCAAGAAGGCAUUGGAGAUCUGGGAGGAAGAGAACCGCGAACCAUUCCUCGUGAAGGGUGAGAACUAUCUCGAGACGCUGAUACGCAUGUCGCCUGUGGCCCAGUCCAGAGCUGCGACCAAGACUCCUGUCGCCAACAGGGGCCGGUCCAACACUGCCUCGUCCAUGAGCAGCUACAGCAACGUAUCCGGCAGUCAACAGCGAGCGAAGUCACGUCCCAACCUCAAGGAACCGGCGUCGGAGAUGCGACCACCCCCGAGGUCUAAGACUCCGGGUGCGCGACCGAAGACACCCGCCGGUGGGGCGCUCGUCAAUUACAGCGGGAACUCCUCUACCAUAGGAAGGACCGGCGGCAAGAACUUUGCUUCGCACAACGCCUCCGCAUCGCCCACACGUGGUGGUGGUGGCCGACCACCCAUCUCAAACUUCAUCGCCGAUCCCGAGGAGGAGGGGGAGAUGUCGGGCACCAUGACCAUCGGCAGGAAUGCUUCUGUCAGACGGAAGUUUGCUGGUAUUCUGGGCGCAGCUCCCAAGAUGUUACCCCUUUCCCGGUCCGAAUCGCACAAACAGAUGACACCGUGGCAGCGCCACAAGCUCGAGCAAGACGAGGCGACCGGUCUCUCCAAGACUUCGAAUCUGUCUCGUGCCGAGUCGUGCAAACAGAUGACGCCCUACCAACGCCUCAAGCUGGAGCAAGAGCAGCAAGAGCAGCAGCAGCGUGAGAAAGAAGACACGCGCUCCUCGCGCGGCAGCAGAAGCAUCCGCAGCGUCUCUCCAUUCAACGAAUCGCCCACGUACCGCACGUACGGCGACGUGUCGGAUCAUGAAGAGACGAGGUCGGUGCCUCGGGGCGGUACCUACCGGCCCAACUCAAAGAAUAACUACAUGGGCGGGUACGACACCUCCACAAUCCGUGCGAGUCAGACCUCAACAGUGGAUUCUAGGCAGUUCAGCGCGAGCACCCUGAGUUCCAGCAGCAGCAUCAGCACCCCCGACGGCGGCGCUGGAAGCGAAAACUGGGAGACGUUCGGCGAGGAGAGCGAAUACGGCGACGAUACGGAACUCGAUCCGCGCGCCGCGUAUUAUCGCGAACGUGCCAGGGAUGCCUACGAGGGUAGCGUCAAGAGUGUGUACGAAGGUAGUGUCAAGAGUGUAGGCCUCGUUAGCAACGAUGGGUGGAGGAGCGAGGACGGAUAUUGA